UGCUAUUUCAAAAAAUAUAUUUCUCCUUCAGAUUUUGCAAAAUGGAGUCUCUUUCAGUGGCAAACACCAAUUUUGCACUUCACCUAUUCACCAAGAUCAAGGAAGACAACAAAACCGGGAACGUCUUCUACUCUCCUCUCAGCAUCUCUUCUGCGCUGGCCAUGGUGUCUCUCGGAGCUGCAGGCAACACAGCAACUCAGAUGUCUGAGGUCUUGUGCUUCAACAAACCAGUGAAGCCUAAGUCUGUUCAACCAGUAGCAGUCCAACAGGCACAGCAAUCUCAGAAGGUCCAGUUACCAUCGGCUUUACAAAAGGUUCUGCACCACAACAAAGCCAAGGACGACGUCCACGUCAGCUUCAACAAGCUGAUGGCUGAACUGAACAAAGCAGGAGCUCCAUAUGCCCUCAGCAUGGCCAAUAGACUUUAUGGGGAGCAGACCUACAAAUUUGUGGAGGUUCUGCACCACAACAAUGCCAAGGACGACGUCCACGUCAGCUUCAACAAGCUGAUGGCUGAACUGAACAAAGCAGGAGCUCCAUAUGCCCUCAGCAUAGCCAAUAGGCUUUAUGCAGAGCAGACCUACAAAUUUGUGGAGAAAUUUCUGAAGGAGACAAAAACACACUACCAUGCUGAGCUGGAAACUGUUGACUUUAAAGCAAAUGCAGAAUCUGCACGGGUCAAUAUUAAUAACUGGGUGGAGAAUCAAACAAAAGAAAAGAUCAAGAACUUGCUGCAAAAAGGAAUUGUUGAUAAUUCGACCAGACUUGUCUUGGUGAAUGCCAUCUACUUCAAGGGCAGCUGGGAGAACCAGUUUAAGGUCAGAGCAACAGAGGAGCUUCCUUUCAAGCUGAACAAGAAAGAAACUAAACCAGUGCAGAUGAUGAAUCAGGAGGCAGAGUUUCCCCCGGCCUUUAUUCCUGAUCUGUGGUGCAAGAUUCUUGAAAUGCCAUAUAAGGGCAAGGAGCUCAGCAUGCUAAUUAUGCUACCUGAUGAGAUUGAAGAUAACACUACUGGCCUUGAGAAGCUUGAGCACCAGCUCACUUAUGACAACUUCAUGGAGUGGACACGGCCUGAUAGGAUGGACACUGUGCAGGUGCAGGUGUCUUUGCCGCGAUUCAAACUGGAGGAAACCUAUGACAUGAAGGAGCUGCUCAUCAGCAUGGGCAUGGUAGAUGCCUUUGACAAGGGCAAGUGUGAUUUUUCACACAUGUCUCCUUGCGAUGACCUGGUGCUCUCCGAGGUGGUGCAUAAGUCUUUUGUAGAAGUGACUGAGGAAGGCACUGAAGCAGCUGCAGCCACUGCGACCGUCAUGGUGGGGUGUUGUCUCAGGCCUCCCCCCAAAGAGCGCUUUGUGGCAGACCACCCCUUCCUCUUUUUCAUUCAACACAAACCAACCCGAAGCAUUCUCUUUUGUGGACGUUACAGCGCUCCUUAAAUUGCCCGAUGCUCUGAAGUGCAAUUAUAACUCUAUGCAGUCAUUUGAUGUCAUAACUAAAUAAGUGUGCACUGACUAAACAUGUUUAGCUUAAAAUAUGCAAAUAUAUUUCCUGACAUAUUUCCAAUAAAGCACUUUGGCAAAAUA